GUUUGGUUGAGUUAUAUAAUAACGUUCAAUAUUUAUCAAAAAGGUCAAUGGAACUGAUAAGCUUCAUAUUUAGCUAAAUAAAUCAGUCUUAAAUUGUCUUAGCGCAAAGCUGUAUUAACUAUUACACUAUAAAAUAAAAUAAUGAGUGAAAGAUAGAUAAAAUAGAAAAAAAUAUGCUAAAUAUGUGUGUCAAAAUAUAUACCGUUAUAUGUUUAUUAGUAGUCUUUGUAAAUGUAAAUAUUGUGUCAGCCAAUAAUGAUGUAGAAUAUCUGGAUUCAGUUAUUAACAUGCUUUUAAACGGUGAUAGUUUUAAAGUUGAAGAUUCACAAGAAGUGGUUCAAGAACAGGACGUAGCUUCAAUUGGGGGUAUAUGGAAGUGCGGAAACUGCGCGGACUUAGACGACUCAAGGCUAGUUUACAGCGAGGUCAAUGACGUGGAAACAGAAGUUACCGAAGACCAACCAGUUGAAGUGCAGAUAAGCUUGUCGAUUCCGUCGAUGUCGUGCGCGGCGGUGGUCGGUGAGCGACCAGGCAUCGUGCGACGCGUCACCGGCUCGUGCACCGGCGCGCACGUCACUCUUAGCGUCGUGGCGGCCAACCACUUCACUGUUAACGUCUACGCUGAGUGAUCGUGUGGUGGUGGAGGGCGAGAGGCUAGGUGUAGGAUCCCGCUUACGCAGCGCAACAACUUCAGUAAAUAUCUGUUAGAGAUCAUGUGGUAGUAGUGUGUGAAAAACCAGGGUCUCUCAGCAUCGCGCCCGCCAACCACUUCGACGACGACUAUCAACGUCUACCGUAAAUAGCAAUGGAGGGCGUGCGGUCAGGCGUAGUGAGCCACUUCUGCAGCGCGCACGUCACUCUCUGCUUCACGGCCGCCAACCACUUUACAGUAAACUUCUACUAAAGAUUGUGUGAGAGAGUCCAAGUAAGGGGCACCUGUCUUCCGUGUGCACGACACUCGCGAUUCCAACCACUUUACUGUCAAUGUCUAUCUACGACUAAUGCGUGAUGACUAGUUAUAAAUAUAUUGACCUGCUGGUUAUGGUGUACAGUGGUAUAUAUCGACUGUAUCAUAUGCUACUUAAUAGAGUAACUUUACUUAUUUAAUUUUAGUAAACUUAUUAAUCAUUUAUAAUAUAGAUAUGAGCUUGAUAUAUGAUCCACAUAAUAGGUACUUACCGAAAACUUAGCAGGCCAAUUCAAUUUACACUGACAUCCGAAUUAUCUAAAUGAUGUUAUUUAGUUAUCGUGCGUUUCAUUCGCGCCAAUACAUGUACGGACAAGUAAGAGCAAAAUGUACAACCACUAAAUGACAUUAUAAUUACAUAUCAUUCUGAUGUCAGUGUACGUUCAAAUUGGCCUGUUAGUCUAAAACUUUGAGAACGAAACAAUGUACGUAAGAAAAAAUUGAUGAAAGGUAUUUCGCACGAAGACAUUAAAAUCUUAUGCCUAAUAUGUAUCUAGUACCUUAGUAUCUUUAUAUUGACUGUUUGAAUUUCGUCAGUUUUUUUCUUAAAUAUUUUUACAUAUAUAGAUAAAUGUACAUAGCUGGCAUCAAGCUCAAUUAACAAUAUCAAAACACAUAGUUCUGAUUAAAGUGUAAAAUGGAUAAUAUAAUUUUGUUUACCUAAUUAAAUAAUUACCAUAUGAUUUCUUAAGCCUAGUACCUACAUUAGUUAAUGACUAAGUUUUCCCAAUAAGCCAUUUCCCAAAUAGAUUUCCAUUCUAUCAUUUCCCACCCAAUGACCCUUCAAAUAGUUCGCAUUAUGUUCGCGACCCAAUCCAGAGGUACUCCACGACUAACCGAACUAAGUUUUAAUUGUGUCCGCGGUCCGACCCUUAAUUAAUAACACGAUGCACUCGUGUUUGAGCCACACAAACCUAUAUAGCCGCCUCCAUACAAUCAAAAUUUCGCUCUCAUUUUCUGAAAUAACAUGAAAUUUAACAUGAACAUUCAGUUAGUAACAUAAUUCAGAGUUUAAAUUCAGUAAGGGCAAAGCUUUAAACGGUGGUUAGCAUAGGACCAAUGAAGUAUAUGAGAUAACUUUUGCUUAGAAAUACAAUGAAAAUCUUAACCAUGAAAAUAAGUGGGGCCCGCAAUGUAAAGCAAAAUACAAGUUACAAGAUACGAGCUUCUGAUAGCAACUGUCAACAAGCGUUCUCGUAAUGUUUGCAGUACAUUGCUGCUCGGUAAAUUUUCCAAAAUUAAUAACUUGGUCCGAAUUAAGAGUAACUUCCAAAACCUUCGUAAUUCAUGAUUACAAGGGUAAAUUCUAUGUCUGGUAGAAUUUAUUUCCCAAAUGGUUUUACACACAGUAUGACAUACCUAUCUGGUACCAGAGGACCUACCGCGAAGCACACUCGACGUGUUGCCUCUCUGUCGCGCUUGUAAAUUCGUACUUAAGUGUGACAGGGAGGCCCUCAGUUUUCAAUGCAAGUAUUUAAUUUUAAUACAAAUAAAUGUAAUAAAUCAGGGCGAGUACCUACUAGUUAUACACACAAAACUUCUACUUGCUCUAUUUUCUUUGUAAAAUAAUUUGUUUUCAAAUAAAAAAAUGUCGUUUUUAAUUGAGAGCAUAACUUCGAUCUUGUAGUCGACUAAGGUUCACGUGUCUCUUAAGAGGCUGUCAAUACCUAAAGCGCACACACUGUCUAUUUGUUUGUAUCGGAGUAAAUGAGAUAGCACUGUCGCAUGUUACUGGGCCUGGGCAAGGGAAUAAUAAGAAAAAUAUUUAAAUAAAAAAAAGUGGAUUAUUAGUGUAAUAUUUUACUCAACCACGGUUUAGAUAUAAAUGUUUUGAAAUUAUGAUUUUAAUUGCAGACCCAUAAGUCAAAACAAUAAAGACAUAAAACCGUUUAA